AUGUCAAGCAGAUUGCCGAAGCUCAUAGCAUUUGAUUUAGAUUACACCCUUUGGGAUCUGUGGAUAGACACCCAUGUCGAUCCCCCUCUUCGCCGCGUCGGCGACGCGAUCAACGAGGUUCGCGAUAGACACGAGCAAAGAAUAUCCUUUUACCGCCACGUUCCAGAGAUCUUCCAUCGUCUCAGGGAGGCCGGCGUCCUGAUCGCUGCGUGUUCCCGCACUUCAGCUCCAGACCUGGCCCGGCGAGCGCUGAACCUCCUGCUCGUGCCUCCGCCAGCGGGGCAUAAGGGCGCAUCUCCCACUCCGGCCGUGCAGUUCUUCGACCAGAUGGAGAUCUACCCGGGGUCCAAGAUCAAGCAUUUCAAGCAGCUACACAAGAAGACCGGAAUCCCGUACUCCGAGAUGCUCUUCUUCGAUGACGAGCACAGGAAUAAGGAGGUCGAGUCCUUGGGAGUCACGUUCUGCCUCGUCCCGAGCGGUGUGAACGACCGCGCGUUCGAAAGCGGCCUCACGGAGUGGCGCAAGCGGCAUCCCGUCGAAGUCGCCGAAGACGCCGCCGGUGAUGGGGAA